CAAACAAGACAAUGGAAACAUUCACCCUUCCUUCAUUUUCCCCUAUUUUUCCUAGGCAAUGGAAAAACUAGCACGUUCCAAGAGCCAGACUUCAAUGGCAGUCCCAAAACGCCAAUUUCCCAUGGCAGCAGCACGACGCCUAUGUCUUCCCAAAUCCACUAUCAGAGGCGCAGCAACUUGUGCUUCACUUGUCAGCACAACCCACUUAGAAAAUUCCCCAAAAUCGCCCAUUUCUGAACCACCAUCUGAUGACACAUUUGUAGUCCAGAAAAUUUUGUGGAACCUAAAACAAGGUAAGCCAAUAACCAAUUCUUUACAUGGUUUAAACCCGUCUACUUUUAUUGAAGUUCUUGGUAAUUGUCGUGAUAAUUUGCAUUUAGCACAGAAAUUCAUCAACAUGGUUUCUGUAAAUUGUCCUAAUUUUAAACAUUGCACGAGUUCAUUGAGUGCUACUGUACAUGUGUUGAUUAGGUCUAAGAGGGUAGCUGAUGCACAGGGUUUUAUCUUAAGGAUGAUUAGAAGAAGUGGGGUUUCAAGAAUUGAGAUUGUGGAAUCUUUGGUGUCAACUUAUGGGGUACGCGGGUCGAAUCCAUAUGUUUUUGAUUUGCUGAUUAGGACUUAUGUACAAGCUAGGAAGAUUAGGGAGGCUGUAGAAGUAUUUAGGUUGUUGCAAAGGAGGAAUCUUUGUGUUCCGAUAAAUGCGUGUAAUGGUCUUCUAGGAGGGCUUGUGAAGAUUGGUUGGGCUGACUUGGCAUGGGAAGUGUAUGGUGAGAUGACAGGGAGUAGCAUUCAGCCAAACGUGUAUACCCUCAAUAUAAUGGUGAAUGCUUUGUGUAAAGACGGGAAAAUUGAAAGCGUGAAUCCGUUUAUUGGAGAAAUGGAAAAGAAGGGAAUUUUUCCGGAUAUGGUAACUUACAAUACUUUGAUAAAUGCAUAUUGUCACGAAAGGCUUCUUGAAGAAGCCUAUGAAGUGAUAAACAUUAUGAAAGCUACGGGGUUAAGACCUUGUCUUUUAACUUAUAAUUCUAUUCUCAAUGGUUUGUGUAAGAAUGGACAAUACGGGAGAGCAAGGGAACUUUUGGUUGAGAUGGAAGAGAGUGGACUGGCCCCUGAUACUACUAGUUAUAAUGCAUUGCUUGCUGAGUGCUGUAGAGCCGGUAACGUGCUGGAAGCAGAAUCUGUUUUCAAAGAAAUGUUGUGUCAAGCUAUCAUUCCUGAUUUGGUUAGUUAUAGUUCACUUAUUGGGUUGUUUUCAAGAACUGGUCGUCUCGACCGCUCAUUGGCAUACUAUGAACAUAUGAAACGCAAGGGUCUUACACCAGAUAAUGUAGUCUACACAAUUCUCAUUGGUGGGUUUUGUAGAAAUGGUUCUAUGAAGGAGGCUAUGAAGAUGCGUGAUGAGAUGCUGGAGCAGAGUUUAGUUAUGGAUGUGGUGACUUACAAUACUAUAUUGAAUGGAUUAUGCAAAGGAAAGAUGCUUCAGGAAGCUGAUGAGCUUUUCAAUGAGAUGUUGGAAAGAGAUGUAAAUCCUGAUUUUUACACUUUUACCACGCUUAUCAAUGGAUAUUGCAAGUGUGGUAACAUGGACAAAGCACAGACCCUGUUUGAAGCCAUGCUACUGAGAAACCUCAAGCCUGAUGUUGUGACAUAUAACAUCUUGAUUGAUGGAUUUUGUAAGGUUGGUGAUAUGGAAAAAGCUUUCAGUUUAAGGGAUGAGAUGAUCUCUGUAAAUAUUUCUCCUAAUUAUAUUACUUAUAGUAUUCUCAUAAAUGGCUUUUGUAAUAAGGGUUGUGUAUCUGAUGCAUUAAGACUGUGGGAUGAUAUGAUAAUCCUAGGUAUCAAACCUACUAUUGUGACUUGCAACUCUAUUAUCAAGGGAUAUUGCAGGUCUGGUGAUGCUUCAAGGGCAGCUAAGUUUCUGAACAAGAUGCAGUCCCAAGGACUAUUUCCUGAUUCAAUUACGUAUAAUACUCUUCUUGAUGGGCUUAUAAGAGAGGAGAAUAUGGAUAAAGCCUUAGAUUUGGUUAAUGAAAUGGGAAAACAAGGUCUGUCACCUGAUGUUAUUAGCUAUAAUACCAUACUGGAUGGUUUCUGUAAAUUUGGUAGAAUGCAGGAAGCCAACAUGCUGUAUCGGAAAAUGGUUGAGAGGGGUAUUAACCCUGACAGAUCCACAUAUACAUCAUUGAUAAAUGGACAUGUCUCUCAGGAUAACUUGAAGGAGGCUUUUCGUUUCCAUGAUGAAAUGCUGCAGAGGGGUUUCAUUCCUGAUGACAAGUUUUAAUCUCCUUGCCGUUUGAGCCCACUG